CAUUAUCUUUAUAUCUGUUUGCUGUUCUUUUCCUUCAUCAGCUUCACCCUUUUUAAUGGCUUCUGCAGUUAAACCCAUCUUCGUCUUCCUUGUAUUCAUUUCAUUCCAUUUCUCAGCAUUCUCAUCGAAACCCAAGGACCCAACGCCAUCGACAUGGCCUCUUCAAUUCCACUCCGCUCUCUUCAUGAACAACAGCGGCACUCUCCAGAAAGUUGAUCUCUGGUACGACUGGCCUAAUGGCCGCAAUUUCAACAUUAUCCAGAACCAGCUAGGUAAGCUCACUUACGACCUGGAAUGGGACAACGGCACUUCCUUUAUCUACACCAACAAAGAAUGCAGAGUUUUGCACUUCGAUGUCGGUGUUCUCCGCCCGAAUUGGCUCGACGGAGCUAAUUACUUAGGCCAACAACACAAAGAUGGGUUCCUUUGCAAUGUGUGGGAGAAAGUCGACUUCAUUUGGUACUAUGAAGAUGUAAUCACUAAGCGACCUGUUUACUGGGCGUUUUACACUGGGUACACUGCUCAUGUAAUGACAUUUGAUGUGGGAGCUGUUCUUGAGGAUUCUGAAUGGCAGGCUCCUGUUUACUGUUUCAAGGAAGAUGAAGAGAAGAGGAAACAAGCUGUGAUUGGAUCUUUGGGAAUGAUCGGUCGUCUCCUUGUGAAGCUGAUGAGAGGGGUUUCCAGUGCCUCCAUGGCGCUGUGAUUAUUGUUUUUUUCAUACUUGGAAUAAAUUUUCUGGGAUUUCUACGUUUUCUUUGCCCUCGAUUGAUCCUUGGUUGUUUCCUCAGUUUGAUUAACAAAUGUUUUCUUUUUCUUGUUGAAA